GGCAAAACAAUAAUUUCAGCACAGCAACAGCUGCAGUCGGAGUCUUCAUUUCGUGAUGAAUGUGUUUGUGGAGAGAAUGUUGAAUGGCUUGGUUGAUUUAUCUACAUCUUCUAUUGUACCACUUAUUGAAUCUUCUUCAUCAUCUUUGAAAGGGAAUCAAAUCAAUAAUAAUCAGGACUAUGUAUUGAUAGUAUUAAUGCAAACUUUGAUAAUUCAUCCAUUACACCAACAAAAGCCAUCAUUAACAUGUCGAUAUGGGGAUUUGAGGAUAUUCUCUUCUUGUUUAUUUCAUUAAUUUGUUCUCUUGUUCUCAUUAGAUCAUUCAUGAGAAGGAGGAAAAAGCAACAACAACGAGAAACAUCAUCCACAACAAUAGCAACUACAAAUAAUGUACAUGAAACCUCUGGUUUAUCAUCAAUAAUAACAAAACCAAGUCCAGUCGAUAUGAUGGCAGGAACAGCUACUAAAAAACCAAAAAUCACACGACACUACCAAGAUGGACACUCCUUUCCACAUACUGCCUCUAUUAUCAUCAUGAUCAUCAUUCUCUGUUUAUCAUACAGUACUAUUCUCACUAUACAGUGCAUCUACAUGGGCCAAGCUGCUUACAAUAUGAUGAAUGAAGAUUCCUAUCACAGCAAGGAAAUAAUUUUAGGAUUUGAUGCUUCAGUGAGAGGUCUCUUCUCUAUUGCCUAUCUUGCCCAACUUGUUCUCUCACUUAAUUACUUUACAAUUUUGUACAAGUUUUCAUCAAGGCACUUGGCUCACAAAAUUGUUUUUGCAGCUAUUGGAUUGUUGGGCUGUUUGAACUUGUCCCUCAAUGUAGUUUCUCACUUGUUCAAAAUUCUCUACACUUAUUUUAAUAUCAAGUUUGCAGGAAGUGGACCUGCUACAUUAUUGGUUGAACAAAUUUCCAUCCUAGUUUCUGCCUCAACAUCAAUAUUUUUAUCACUAAUUAUUGCACUUGCAGCAGUUUUGUUCGCAUUUGUUAAUAAUCCUAAUAAUAUGAGGAGAUUAAGAUCUAGAUUAAUUCUUUUUAUUUUCCUGCAUCAAUUUGUUUGGAUUAUUUAUGAAACUUAUAGAAUUAUUUCACAAUUUGAUAUAUUAUUUGGAAUUCAAUUGGUAUCAUGGCCAGAUUUAAUAAUGCAAUCAAUAAUGUAUCUCCUCUUGAUUACCUAUGUAUUGAUAGUGGUGAUAACAAUUGCACUUUUCAAUAGAGGAAAUGAACAUCAAGCUCUUCUUUCUACUGAAUGGAUGGCACUUAUUGAGGAUGAGGAUGAUGCUGAACCAACCAUUUUCGAUUUCCAAGCCAAAUCCAGAGCUAUUCAUGCUCGCCCUAACAUGGAUCAAAUUCCAACUCACUCCCUCUCCCCUCACUCAUUCAAUAAUAUGAGUGAAAGUACCUAUGGAGCUAUGGGUUAUAACAGUAUGGUUGGUAGUUUACCGAUCGGUAUGAGAAAGGCAACACCAAACACUAGCUUGGGUUUUGAAGCAUCCAUGUAUUCCACCAAUCCAGUUAAUGCCCAAUCUAGUGCCAAUAAUAAUAGACAUUCUGGAAACAAUCAAGGACGUCUCAAUACCUCCUCAUCCAUUAUUUACAAUCGUUCCGACAAUGUACCAAUUCUCAAAGAAGAAGAACCUCCAAAAGACACCAUUUACUCCUCCAGUCUUACUUCUAACAAUUCAUCAUCCUCCUGGACACACAAACUCAACUAGAGUUGUACAACCAUAAUAUAUUAAAAAUAAACAGUACAAUUCCCAAA